AGUUUGUUCUUUUUCACUUCCGUUCUUGAUAGCCUGGAACACCCUAUUGCCUACCGAGGCGGACAAGAGGCUGCCCACUCUCUUGAAGACCGAAGCGUAAACCAUGGUAAUUUCCUGGAGCUUGUUUUGUUGCUAGCUGAGUAUGACCCAGUGCUUCAAGAACAUGUGAGAAUUUCCAUUGAGACGAGCAAGAAGCUCCGUGAUUCAAACCCAGGAUCGAAAGGACGUGGCUCAUUUGUAUCUUUCUUAUCCAAAUCAACUGUAAACAAAUUAAUCAAAAUAAUAGGCUCCAAUAUACAGGAAAAAAUAAUAGAGGAGGUUAAGCUAGCUAAGAUUUUUAGUUUACAGGUUGACAGUACGCAAGAUGUCGGUGUUCUUGACCAGCUUGCCAUUGUUGUCAGAUAUGUUUCCCCUCUCACGGGCAUGCCAAGCGAGCGCCUUAUAAAGUUAACUGUCAGCCAUGACAAUACCGGGGAAGGUCUGUUCAAACUAAUAAAAAGGGAAUUUGCAAGUUUAGGCAUCGACCUUCGUAACUGUGUUGCGUGCUCUUUUGACGGUGCCGCUAACAUGUCAGGCUGCUUUAAGGGCCUUCAGACCCGCCUGAAGGAGAUAAACCCCAAUUUACAAUUUACACACUGUGCUGCCCAUUGCCUUAAUUUAGUCCUUUCAGAUACAUGCAAAGACUGCAAUGAUUGCAAUAAACUCUUUGGUUUACUUGAGACUGCUGCUGUAUUUAUCUCCCAGUCAUACAAGAGAAUGGAGGUUUGGAGUAGUAUUGCUAAGGCCUCAAACAGUGCACAUCGUAAAUUAAGACGUCUACAAAAAAUAGGCGCAACACGCUGGUGGAGUAAACACGUGUCCUUGCGCUCUGUAAUAGACGAGAAGUUUAGUGUUAGUGAGAAUUGUAAUUUGGUCCAAUUUCUUUCCUGUAUGGCAGACAUUCGAGACAGUAGUUUAUUUGACAGUAAGACCAAUUUCGCUGCUGGCUCAAUAAUCACCGGUUGGUGUAAGUUUGAGACACUUUUAACUGCUUUCCUUAUGAGUGAUGUAUUUGUUAAGACCACACCUGUCUCCGAGGCCCUCCAAAGCCCUAAACUUGAUUACCUUACAACCUUUAAAAUGGUUGAAGCUUUACAGGAUGCUAUUGAGAAAAAACGGGAUGAAUUUGAUUCUCUUGUCUCGCGGGUUAAACAAUAUGCUUUAGACAUCAAUAAGGAGCUAGACGCUUUAGAAAUAAAAGAUAUUAAACUAGAAACUGACUUCCAGGACCUAAGAAAAACUAGACAUGCUCAUGUACAGACCUCUCGAGAUGCUUACAGAGUAGGUACCUUCUAUGUUGUGCUUGACCGUGUGAUAAGUGGAUUGAGAGAGCGUUUCAACCCUAACGAGGACCUUUUGAAAGAGUGUGCCAUGUUAGAUCCUAAGUGA